CUCUGUAUACUACCUGCCUUUCCCCCCCCUCUUAGUGGGUUCUUUUGCCUUGAUUCCACUUUCAAUGCCUAUGAACCUAAAUGAAGAAAGAUCCUGAGCUGAAGCAAAGCUGGUUUUCUCUUCUUGUCAUAUUUACAUGAUACAACAUUUAAAAAGCUGCUUCUUUUGGUUCCUGAAUUGUAUGCUAAGCCAGAGUCGACUAGUUAUAGCUGUGGCAAGCAACUUUCAAGUUUAAGCCAAGUUAGAGGUCCAAGUACUGCAGCAAGCAAAGCAAUUGACAAUUUAGAAGUGUUUAAAUCUUGUUCAGGGAUCCUCAGAAGAAGACAUGAGUCUUUUGUAUAGCCCUAGUUUCAAUUAUUCAGAUGGAGAAUUGAGAAAGAGUCAAGAAUUCAUGGAUUUAAAUCUUUAUCAUUACCAUCAUCAACAACAACAACAAAUCCAGCAAAACUCAGGUCUGAAGAGUUAUCGCUCUGCUCCAAGCUCAUUCCUUGAGAGCCUUGUGAAUGGUACAAGUGGCCAUAAUGGAGGUAAUGGUGGGGUUGGAAGCGAAGAUUAUCGCUAUCUUCGAUCUUCAAGUCCUGGAAUGGACACCAUGUUGAAGAGGCCUAUGUCAUCAUGUAAUGGCUCUGGUGAUUUCAAUUCCCAAAAUUUGCAAGAAUUUGAGGAGAGGCCAGCAAUAAGGCAAGAACAGGAAGAUUCAGAAAUGGUUUAUCGAAGUUUACCAGGGCAUAAUUUGGUUAAAGGCAAUUCAGUGAGUGUUGGGAAUUCUCUGGAUAGCGCAUUCAGUGUUAUGAAUUCCAUGGAUUUAGAGAAUUCUAAGCAAGCAACAAAGAUGAGUACUAGAAAUGGAUCUAAUCUUGCUAGGCAAAACAGCUCUCCAGCUGGAAUUUUGUCCAACCAUGGCGUUGAUAAUGGCUUUGCUGUAAUGAGAAAUGCGGGUAGCUUCAGAGCUGGCAAUGGCACGAAUGGAGAAGCUACUCCAUCAACUAGUAGGUUAAGAAGUCACGUGAAUUUCUCGUCAGGGCAUAGGACUUUGCCUCAGAUUGCUGAAAUUGGAGAAGAAUGUAUUGGUGGGAGCAGUCCAGAAGGCGAUUUUAGCAAGAGAAAGUACAUGUAUAACUUCAAUAGUGAUACUUGGGGUGAUGCUUCGAGAUUGAAGGAUAAUGAUGGGAACAUGUUUUCUGGCCUGAACAGACGGGAAAGUCAGGUUGGGAAUUCUGGAAACCGCAUGACUGGUUUGACUCAUCACUUGAGCUUGCCUAAGACUGUUGCAGAAAUGGCUACGGCCGAGAAGUUUUUGGAUUUCCAAGGCAAUUUUGUUCCGUGUAAGAUUCGAGCCAAGAGAGGUUUCGCUACUCACCCACGAAGCAUAGCAGAGAGGGUAAGAAGAACUCGGAUUAGUGAAAGAAUGAGAAAAUUGCAAGAACUUUUCCCAGACAUGGAUAAGCAAACAAGCACCGCAGAUAAGCUAGAUUUGUCAAUUGAGCUCAUCAAAGACCUCCAGAAACAAGUUAAGAGUCUCGCGGAUACUAAAGCUAAGUGCACGUGUUCAAGUAAACAGAAAUAAUAUUCAAGUACCUCAGCUUGAUUUUGUUUCUGUACAGAUUGCACUAGGAAAAAGAAAAAAAGAAGAAAAAGCAUAGCUCCUUAGUUAUCUUCUGUAAAAUAAUAGGGUAUCGGAGAUUGUGAACUCUCAAGGAUAAGUAGAUACACUUUUCACUGCAAUAUUCUGUACCACUGCUGAUCUCAUUACACGGUACCGGAAGCAGUGCCCUUUCAUAGCUCAUCUUCGGAUUGUAUUUUCCUGUUUGUAGCUUUUGAUGUGUUAAGCAAGGUUGUUUAUUGCAUUGCCUGUCAAUUUCUUCCUUCAGUGUACCUAAGAUGCAAUAGUACAACCUCGUUUGAGCCGGAAUCUCUUAAAACAAAACGCUAGCAAUUUGGGAUAAUUUAUAGAUUUUAUUAUUUUCUUGCAA